UUGACAGUUCGUCACAAUUUGUAAACAUUGCCCAAAUCAACGCAAUCGUGCCCCCGGGAACGUUCUACAAAAGUACGGCAAAUCAUGAACGUCCUUCAGGGAGUGGGCAGAAUUGCUCAACAAACGUUGCGUAGAAAUAUCUGCACAUCCCUGGCACGCCGGUCAACAUACGAAAGUGAUGGCAAAACAUCGGUGACGAUUCUAAACAAGGAGGCCGACGCAGGGCUUAUGAUCAACUCGUACAGCCAGUUUGGGUUUCGGCUGAACAAUGAUAUGGUCGUGAUCGGUCCGAUGGCCAUCUUCUCGCGCACGGUACUAUCGUGGAAUGUCGAAAGCCACGAGGACAUUAACGACCAGACGUUAAGUUUGUUCUGUGCGAUUGAGCCGAAAAUUGAUGUGCUCGUGGUGGGAAUCGGUGAUCACACGAUCACACCGGCGUUCUCUAGGAAGAUUAUCGAUUUUAUGAAGCGCUACAAGAUCAACGUGGAAGUGCUCGGUACGGAGCAGGCCUGUUCGACGUUUAAUUUCUUAAACGCGGAAAAUCGUGUCGUUGCCGCCGCGCUCAUUCCGCCCAUGACGAUGCGUGUGAACGAGGACGAUUUGAUGCGGAAACAGAUAUCGAUUAGCAGAUCGUUUGAGGUGACUGACAAAUAGGGCUAGUUGUAUGUCCUGAAACCAAAAAUGGAAAGCGCAUGCACGAGUUUCUGUACAUAAUAAAGAUAGUAUCCAUUACCAGUGUAGAUGAUCACA